GGCUAUUCCGUUGCCGUAAAGCACACUAGUUCAGUGGGUGUCGCGGAGUCGGUAUCGAGCAGUAAACAGCGGCUAUUUGACAAAAGGAUUAAAUUUAACAGGAUAUUUCUCAUUCAUUUGAUUUUCCUAUUUGAAAUGGCUGAAAAGUUUGAUAAUUUAGAGGAGCAUCUGGAGAAAUUUAUCGAGAAUAUUCGACAGUUGGGAAUCAUCGUCAGCGACUUCCAGCCCAGCAGUCAGGCAGGACUCAACCAAAAACUGUGAGUCACUUUAUUUGACGAGAUUAUGUUGAAUUAGACAGAAGAUGGACAUAAAUGAUGUUUGUUAAUUUGUCUGUAUUUUGUUUUUAGAAAUUUUAUGAUAUCCGGAUUGCAAGAUAUUGAGAAAUGCCGACAGCAGCUUCAUGAGAUUAACGUGCCGCUGGAGGUUUUUGAGUAAGUCUGGAAACACGACUUUGUCUAUCGCUUAUUUACUUUAUCUUUCUUUUUAGCUUUAACACAAUCACCUGCAAUUUUGACAUUGAGCCUUUUUAUUUCUAGAUACAUUGAUCAAGGCCGAAACCCUCAGCUGUACACCAAGGAGUGUCUAGAGAGAGCCCUGGACAGGAAUGAGCAGGUCAAAGGGAAGAUCGACACCAUGACGGUAAGAGCUUUGGACCAGGACCACUAAGAGUCUACAUCAGUGACUUAGCACGAAGAGACAGUAUUGUGUCUGCUUCAAAAUGAACAUGUUAACUAUUCACUCAACAUUUCUCCAUUAGUAGGGGAGAGUGGGGUGAGUUUAACCACCCCCUGUUGCUUGGAAACGGUGAAAGGAAUUGAUCAUGUGACCAAAUAUUCAAGUCAUGGAGUCUGUGACAGGUUAAGGUCCUUACACACUGGGGCUGAUGUGAAUAUAGAACGUGAAAUUACGAAAUAUCCAGAGGCGAAUUUUGACACGCCUGCUAUAUAAUCAAGACAGUUCUGUUUACACUCUUUCUGUUGGUUUGCCGGGAUACACAACAUCUUGAAAAAUAUGCAGAUACACGAGUUAGAGACAAAACUAUGAUUGCCUUGAUGUAGUGAUCCGAAAUAUGAAAAAUGGCUCAUCUUACCCCACUCUCCCCGUAUCGUUUAUCUCAAACAAAGGGCCAUCAACUUUGGAUUUUCUCUGUGGAAGUGACUACGUCAAGCAGUAACUGAACCAAUAAAUGAUUAAGACUGGAGUCAAAAUUGAAAAUAGUUAUAUGUUGUUAUUUAUUUUAUUUAUUUUUUUAUUUUUUUACUGCAGAAAUUCAAAAGCCUCCUUAUUUCGGAACUCGGCAAAGUCUUUCCCGAGGAGAUGUCCAAGUACAAAGCUAUCCAUGGAGAAGAUGCCCCUUCCUAAUGGCUGCUGAACCAUAACAUCAGACUUUUUACCCAUGACCCUUAAGAUCAGAUCCAGAAGGGUGUUUGACAACUUGGUACCUACUCUGUUUUGGCAGAAUAUGAUGACAACCCACAGAUUUUUUUCUGAAUAUUGUGAUCCUGUUUCUGGAGAGCAUCUGCGUGGAGAAGGUUUUAUCUCUACUUACCUGCCUGACUCAGCCAGUCUUCUACUUUCUUGAUGGUGAAACCUCAUUUAAGAGCAGAGGGAAGAAAUUCAUUUUAAUUUACCAGGAGACACAUUUGUCUUUAAUGUACCUGCUGAUGCAUAAACAAUAAAUGAGCAGUUGCUCAGGUUCUUUCAACCUCCAGCUGGCUGUCAGAUAUAUUCAGGAACUGUGAGGCAGAUCUCUGAUUGUGCACAAAGGAAUAACCUUUUUAAGUUGUACAUACAGUAUAUAUGAACUCUGACACUCUACUUUGUAAUGUUUCUCUGUCAUUGUGCAACAUUCAUUUGUACCACACAUAGUUACAGGUAUUUUGUAUCAACUCAGGUGUCUAAUAAUGGCCAUGACUUUAAAAUGCAAAUGUUGUUGAUAGAAGUGUUGUGCCUGAUCACUUGAUAUGUGCAGAGAAGAUCCCACUCCUUCGUUGUAACUUGUUUGUAUCAUAUGAAUCAUUUGCUAUUAAACUAUGGUUGCCACACUCGUGCUUUUUGG